UUAUGCUGUAGUAGUUGAUCACCGCUGUUCGUUUUUAAAAUUGAUAAUGGCAUCCUCAACUGGAGCUCGGGAUCUGGAGCAGAUAGUACGGGACGGACUCAGUACAUUAGUGUUUGGAUUCGGAUACAAGGUAGGGAUCGUUGACCACUUCAUUAAGAUCAAGCAGCCGUGUACCGCAGAAGAACUCAGCCAACAAGCCGGGAUGAAGAUAAGAUACAUACAAGAGUGGCUGGGUUGCCUAGCAGCAGCAGGUAUUGUACAAGUCCAUGACGACGGCAGGUAUUCUCUUCCAUAUGAGGAGAAGGUAUUGAGAGAACAAGGCCGUAACGCCAGCGCCUUGCCGAUACUUUGUGAAGCUAUGCCUCUUCUUGAGAAAGCAGUUCCUGAAGAUGGACCCAGAGGUUACCCGUAUACUGCACCAUUCCUUAAAUUCGUGGAUGCAUUUCGCACACCUGAAGCUGUUCAAAACUGGACUCAAAAUUCUCUCCGUCCAGUGCUGGAAAUGAAACCAGGUAACGAGUUUACACUGUUAGAUUUGGGUUGUGGAUACGGAGCACACGCUAGAAAGAUAGCUCACCUGUAUCCCCAGAGUAACGUGUAUGGCGUCGACAUGGAUCAGAAAUCCAUAGACAGAGCUAACUCAGAGUUAAAUAAGGAGGGAUUAAAGAACGUUCAGUUCGUGUGCACCAUAGGAGGACAACUGCCAAGUGACUGGACAGAAAAGUUUGAUUUCGUCGUAAUAAAUGACGUCCUCCAUGACGCUCCGGGAGUGGAUGACCUUUUGGCGGAAGUAAAGCGUGUUCUACGGUCAGAUGGUUACGCCGCGGCUUUUGAUCCGCCUAUAUCUUCUUAUCACAAAAAUCAGGCGAAUGAUAAAAAAUCACAGUUAUUUUUACCAUUUAGUCUUUUUUCAUGUCUUCCUAUGAGCCUUUCGGGUCCUACCGGUGAGGGACACGGGGUGGGGUGGGGUUAUGAGCGUCGGAAGGAGACGAUAGAACAGCAUGAAUUCCAUGUGAUUAAAGUCGGCGAUAGCGACAUCAACACUAUACAAGAGAGGAUUGUUUUUCAGAAGUAACGGUUUCUCUACAAACGUUAGAGACUUAAAGACUCAUACUGCAAAAUGUUUAACCAGAAUUCAUGAAUAUUGUAAGCUAAUAACGCUAUUUGCACGUUUUCCAACAAAAUGAAAUCAAAAUUGAUCGUAUGGCCAAAAUACUCUUAUCAUACCUCUUAUAUAAUGUUCAAUUUUAUUUUUACCAAGAUUGGUCUUUUCUGAUCAAUUCCAUCACAAGACAUGGUUCAUUUUAUAACAUGAUUGAUAUUCAGAUCUAUUAUAUCAAGAUAAUUAUAUUAUAGCUCAUCAAAUUACCUAGUCUCUUUUCUACCUAUACAUGU